AUGGAAGGGAAGAACACCGCACAAGUAAUUGAAGCAAUGACAAAUCCUCAUGAAGAAGCUAAAAUGCAGCAAAAUACUGACGAAGACCCUGCUGAAGAGCAUGCAAUCCAGCAAGCUCCUGUCAAAGCUCAAUCGAACAAAUCAGGACAGAAGGACAGAAAGAGGAGAAAGACAAGCGGAAAAGAAUUGGCAGCACCAACAGUUGACGAAGAACAGCAAGAAACAAACGAAGAGAAAUGCCAAAUCAAGGCAGGGGCAGCAUUCGCUCAUGUCAAGAAAGCCUGGAAUUUACUUAAAGACCGUCACAAGCAAGAUAUUUGGAUGACAGGAUUUGGCAGCAUAGAUAACAGCAAAAUAACGGGCUCCAUCUGCAGACCACUUGCAGCACACAUCUACGACAACCUGGACACAAAAAGCAUGACAAUCACCUUCGGUGAUGGUACCGAAGACAAGAAAAUCAAGAUUACCAAGGAAGCUAUACACAAGGUGUUUGGAUACCCAAACGGCACGGAAAAGUCAGCACCAAGGCCAGAGAAGAGCCCAACUUCAAUGAAAGAACUGAUGUCAGACCUUGGCUUCAAACAUACAAAUUUCAAGCCAAAAGAACUGUUCAGGGAGCUAAAAAUAUUGGUGGAACUAGAUGACGAACAGUCAAACAGGAAAUCAGAACGUACCAAUAGCCCGCCAGGCCAAGAUGAACUCCAACAGCAGGAUGGUGUCAACAACCCCAAAAACACAAAUGAACGGAACAAACAAAGCGACCUCACAACAGACAAUGCUACAACAACAACUACCCCAACACAAGCACAAGAUACGAUCAACGUCAGAACCUGUGAAGAGAUCACCAUCACAAGUACAAAGGAGAAAGAGCAAGACAUCCCAGCUGAUGAGAAACAAGAGACUGUUAUACCUGACAAAGAAACAGUAGAGGCAGGCACAAAUAACCCAGUCAUCAACACGGAGGAAACAAACGAGUACGCUGAUAUCGAAGAUCAAGAACUUCAAACAACAACAUGUGAAGAGAGAGAGGAGACCAAUGAGCAAAAGGAGGACACUGAAGAAGGGCAACAUGUUCUUCAAAAGGCAGUCAUCAACAAACACGAAGAAGGCGACCACGGAGAUACAAGCAAUGAAGCAGACACGCACAUUGUUCCAGAGAAAGAAGCAGAAACCAUCGAAGAAAACCCUACACCGUCGUACGAUGCCAAUUCCCCUGGCAGAGAGGUCAGUGCCAACCAGGUCGAGACUGAAAAACAAGACGGAAAAUACCACCAGCAAGACACGACGGUUGACAAGGAAAAACAUGAUGCUAAGAAAAACACAAACGACUCAAAUGAGGAUGCAGCAAAAACUGAACAAAAGGGCACAAUGGAGAAAGGGGACAAAGAUAGUGAUUCCGUCAACAAAGCCAUCGAAGACCUGUACAACGUUAUAUGCAAGCCAUGGACACAGAGAGAAAUGGAUGAGCUUUUCAUUACAACGAACAAGUUUGAUGUCAAUCUAGGCCAUGUCGCCGAAAGCUUCAAGGUUAUGGAUGUCAGCAGACACGCCGUCGCCCAAGAAUCUUGCACAGACGACGAAGAAAAGGAUCCACCAAUAGAACCAGAUCAACCACCACCAGACGACAAGACACCACACCAUGCUGAAGAGCAAACGGACGAGCAAAAUAUCAACAGCAAUACCCCGAGCACAGAGCAACUUGAACAAACAGGCACUGAUUUAAAAGAGGAUGGUACAAGCAACUACGUACCAAAUACACAAGAACAUGUUUCCGAGCAGAAGAAACAACAUGUUCUUCUUCAAGAAGAAACAGGCUCGACAAGCAAUCAGCAAGGCACCUCCAGCACCAUCUCUCUAGAGUUCCUAAAACCCAAAACAAUGGAAAAGCACGACGAAGUUGAUGAAUUUCGUUCAAGCCUUACCCCGCUCCAACUAGAGGAAUACAACGAGCAUGUAAAGAUGGGCGUUGGAUUUGAUGUAAUCAAAACAUGGCUGAAUGACCAUGAAAGCUAUGAAUUCAACAAAGAUCCCACGCCGUAUCUGACAAUCUUGCAGCAAGAAUCAGGAGAACAUUCAAUGCCUCAAUCAUCUGAGAACAGCUCAGACAAGAAAAUCUCAGUCAAGAAGAGACUGGAGAUUUCAAAUAUAUGGACAAAGCCAGAGCACUUCAUGAAUACCUAUUCAGCAAAGAAGGACAUGACGAAUGCGGAGAUCUAA